CUGGCAAACCAACAAAGAUCGCCAAAUUCAAGGCCUAUGGGGAUAUCGAUGCCAAAGACGUGGUUCAUUCAGUGGAAGGUUCCGUUCCGACGGUUCAAGUCGAAGGCAAAUCCGUACCUGAAUCUGACUUCACGAAAGGAGGGGGAUCAAUUCGCGAGAAUUCGAUUGAGAGUUCCGUGCGGUCAUCCGUGUCUUACUCACCGUCACCGAGCCCAACCCCGCCCAGGUCCCAAUCUGGAUCCCCGAAUCUGCUUGCGCCUGGAGUGGGAGGUAUGGGUGGGCCUUCACCUCCACCUAGACCACCGUCUAAGGAGUCUAGGGGUUCUCCUUCUUUUGUUCCUGCACCUGGUAACUCUCCUAAGCCGGAGAAUCGCCAGAAGUGACGCCAUUCGAUAUUGCGAAGCUCCCCACAGGAAUUGA